UCGAAGCCAAAAUCCGAAUCAAAAUUGAAUCGACUAACGAACACAAGUCUAAAACCCUAGUUCUCUUUCUUCAGUCUUCACUCUUCACUCUUCACUCCAGUUCAGUUCAGUCAUCGGCUGAUUCGACUCAUUAGUGACUUCAGUUCAAGGCUGAGCUUCAUCUUCCCCUUCGAGAAACGCAAGAUUGCAACACGUUUCGGCUUCUUCUUCUCCUUCUGUCUCUUAUCGGCUUCUCCUCAUCAAGUUGGAUUAAUCAGCAUCCUCCCCCUCCUACUUUAAUAUCCUGCAGCAAUUCGCACCUAGCGAAUUCUCUUUGUGUGAAGUUUGUUCCUUUUGAACAAAGAAUUGGUUAUUUGGUAGUUCUUGCGUUUUAUUUUAGGCAUCUACUAGAGUCUAUGUCUCUAGACUGUCAAGUAUGAAAAAAAUGAGUGAAAUAUUCCCUGUGGGAGUCAAAUUAGUUGCUGCUAGUUGAGUUAAUUGAUGAAUUUAUUUUAUUUGAAAUGUUGAUUGCUUCAAACUGUGUAGAAUUCUCUAUCCGAAACUUUUUAGGAUUCUCUGUCCAUGAAGUUUGUUCCUUUGAAUGAUGAAUUGGUAGUUCUAGCGGUUUAGGCGUCAAGUAGAUUGAUAAGCAUGAAAAAAAUGAGUGAAAUAUUCAGUGUGUGUCAAAUUAGCUACUGCUUCAUUUAUUGUAUUCUGCCUUAUCAGCUAAAGCAUGAAAGAGCUGUUAUAUAAUAAGGUCAUAUAGAAUCACAUGUUCAAAGUUUCAAACCUAUUCUUCGCAUGCCAUAUCUGUGCUUUACUGCCUUACUUGACUCUAGCAUUUUCAUGAUUCUAGCGUCCUAGUCCAAGGAUAGACCAUAAAAUUUAUCGGUUAACAAGAAGAUACAGGGUUAAAAGCGGGUAAAUACUUUUAACUGCGUCUUCUGCUGAAUACCACUCACUCCAAGGGCAAUCAUUAUCCCACUGUGAUCUGGUAUGGUUUUCAGCUAGAGAACUUCCCCCAGAUUCUGAAACUUCAUCAUCAAUUUGUUGAGUAGAAUCAGCAUCAUCAUUCGCCAGGGUACUAGAGCAUUUGAGGUGACAAAUUUAAUGCAUAUGCUCGUUACAAGCUUGGAAAAGCCUUGCUAUUUGACUGAUUAGUGCUAUACUUGGGAAGAUGAAAAUGAAAGAAUUUUGACUCGAGAAAAUGCAAGUAUUGAACUCCUUCGAGAGUGAGUUGUUCUGAAUUUGUGCAUUGCAAUAUAUGCAGGGGAACAGAUAAUGCCCAAUCCUCAUGGCAUACUUGUAGACUUGUUAGACCGCUUGGUGAUCAUCCGGGCACAAACCUAUGGCCCUACUGAGAUAAUACAGGUGGAGGAUGAGGAAAGCCUGGCUUACUUGGGAAAAAUUGGACAGAAAAUAUCUUUAAGGCAUGCAGUGCAGCUAUUGUUCCCUACCAGUGUCGUGGCCAAGAUAAAUGGCCAAGAUAACAUUUGCAAGGAAGUUUUUAGCGGACAUUGAGGAAGUAACUACUAUAUAUCUUGAUGCCAAGACAUCCAGAAGGUUGCUUCAUUGAGGAAGUAACUACUCUAUAUUUUUUGUUCCAUCAUUUGUAUUCUCAUGUGUGUUGUCUCUAAUCCACUUAUUUCUUUAGGCGAUUUCUUUUGACAUUGGAAAAGCUUCUUUAACUCUUGACCAACUUGGCACUGUCAUAAAUACGAGUCAUUUGCAAUCAGAUGCAAACAAAAUUUUUUUCUUGUA